AUGAUAGCCUACUGGUACGACAACUUGCCCGGCGACCAGCGCGAACCCCACGACUCCGGGCGCGAGGUCUCCCUCUACCAGCUCUCGCGCGUGGGAGUCCUCUACUAUAACUACUCCGAGCUCGAACAAGUUGAUGCUCUGGCGUCGGAGCGCUCAUACAAGAACCGCGAUGUGAUCACCGUAUCGCCGAGCGCGAUUGGCGAAGUCUACGAGACGAAGGUCCAGUCGUUCUUCGCAGAGCACAUGCACGAGGAUGAGGAGAUCAGAUAUAUCCGCGACGGAAAGGGAUACUUUGAUGUGAGGAACGAGGGGGAUGAGUGGGUGAGGAUUUUGUUGGAGAAGGACGACUUGAUUAUUCUCCCGGCGGGCAUUUAUCACAGGUUUACGACCGACACGAGCAAUUUCAUUGUUGCAAUGAGAUUGUUCAAGGAGGAGCCAAAGUGGACGCCGCUGAACCGUGGGCCAGACGUCGAUAUCAACCCCUACAGGCAGGAGUAUGUCGACAAGACAUUGAAGGUUUAA